AUGGAUGUCCAUGGAUACCCCGUGUCGGUGAAUGGAACCGGUUCCGGUGUGGACGCUACGUUCUCGUCCACCACCAUCUCGAUCUCACCCCUUGUCAGCGCGCGAGUGCAGACUGUGUCCAAGAUGACGGAUUCAAGCGGUGCGUGGCCGCACGUGACAACAUACCAGACACGCUGGCUGGACAACGAUCAAUAUGGCCACCUCAACAACUCGGCGUACUACCUCGUGGCGGACUCGGUGAUCAAUGCGUUUCUCAUCGAAAAGUGCGGUAUCCAACCGUUCAUCCAUCCCACCGAUCCUGCGCCGGCGUCGGCGUCGAGCACGGACGAGAAGCAGUCGCGCGACGUGGUCGGGCUGGUGAUCAGCAACUCGUGCCGCUACUUUGCAUCCUGCUCGUUCCCGGCGCCGCUACGUGUCGGACUGCGCGUGGUCAAGCUGGGAACGAGCUCGGUGACGUACCAGGUCUCGAUUAGCGAGCAUGGCCAGCACGGCCAGCACGGCGAGCAAGGCGAGCAAGGCGCCCAGCAGGCGGCGGCGCUCAUCACAUCCACGCACGUGUUUGUCGAUAGGAUAACGAGGCGGCCGGCAACGAUGCCCAAGCAGCUCAGAGCACCGCUCGAGGGCCUGCUGGUCAAGAUUGCCGAGGAAGAAAAGGCAAAGCUGUAG